CUUACCAACGAAGAGAAAGAGAUACGCGUUUCCUCGGUGUAUAUAUCGUCUUUCAUGGCGAUAUCUAAACUCCCAUCGAAUAUCUCGAAUUCCGGCUUCAAUUUCAGCCACACAUUCUCCAAUUUCAGCUCAGUAGGAAUAAUGGCUGAAGAGAAAGCUGCAAAGGAAGUAGUAGAUGGAGAGAAAAAGAGGGGGUUUGGGUCUUGGUUAUGGUUAUGGUUAUGGAAUGGUGAUGAUUUUGAGAAGAGAUUACAGUAUAUAUACAAACAAGAGGCUACUCUUGUUGCUAGAAUCAACAGAAGAUCGUCCACUUGGAGGUCCACCGCCAGGAACUUGAUCCUUGUUUCGGUUCUUCUUGAGGUUGUCGCACUGGUUUAUGCUAUAAUUACAACAAGAACCAUGGGCUUGGAUUGGCAAAUGAGGGCACUGCGAGUUCUACCUAUAUUUCUUUUUCCUGCCUUCUCAUCGGCUUUCUACUGGGCGCUUUUUAGCUUCACAAGAAUGCGCGAUAGCAGGGAUCAAAAAACUGUAGACAGGCUUCAGGCGGAAAGGCAAGAAAAAAUUGAUGAACUUAAAGAACGAAGCAAUUAUUACGCUACUCAGCAACUAAUUCAGAAAUACGACUCUGAUCCAGCAGCCAAAGCAGCAGCUGCGACCAUACUUGCAUCAAAACUGGGUGCAGAUUCGGGGCUAAAAGUGUUCUUACGAGACGAGUUGCAGCAUACUUCUGAAGCUACAGGGAUGAGCAAUGAUAUCGAGCCUGUGAACUCUAGUGGUUUGAGGAAAAGAAAUAUAUCGGAAGCUACAUCUAAGGGAGGUAACGACAUGGAAAUGUAUCAACAUGCGGAAAAUGAGAUUUCUCCACAUAAUCCGGUGGUUGUUGAGCAUCAUGAUGCUAACGCCUUUGGGGCUCGAGAUGGCGGUUGGAUUGCUCGACUCGCACAAUUGCUUGUGGGAGAGGAUCCGUCUCAGUCUUAUGCACUUAUAUGUGGCAACUGUCACAUGCAUAAUGGUCUUGCGAGGAAAGAGGAUUUUCCAUUCAUUACAUACUAUUGUCCGCGCUGUCAUGCUCUUAACCGAGCAAUGAACUCAAGCUCCGGUUCUCCAAGUACGAGCACCCUUGAUGCAACAAUCGAAGGUGCGAGUCCUAAUAGUGGGUCCAUGAAAACAUCUGCUAUCAGCAGUCCUGUCAUGCACGAGACUGAGAAAGUAUCCGCUACCAGCAGUCCCGUGACAGAUCCUGCGCCCAUGAGUGAGAACGUAACUGAUACUAGCAGUCAUGUGGGUGAGAUGGAAACAAUUGAGAAAAUGGUCACAGAUGACCCAUCAACGCAAUAGGGUUGUGGAAGAUUUGUGCAGUGUGUAUUGUUGGUUUAUUUGUUGUAAAUUGUUUAUAGAUGGAUCGAGUACAGGUAAUGUUUAUACCGACGAUGCUGUUAAAGGUGGCCUGUCACCGUCAACCAAGAAGCCGCUGGUGUGAUCUUGAAAGGGAGGAAAAUUUGAGAAUUUACGGUCUGUAAAUGAGAAAAAAUGUGCAUAUCACACUUGGUUUUGAGCAACCCUCUUUUGCAUGGUUUUGAGUAAGUAAGUUCUGUAUGAUAUAUGAUAUUGUUUAAGAUCUCAACUUUCUACUAAACAAACACACGAUUAUGUGUUUUUGACUA